AUCUGUCAAAAGCGGAUUGUUAUGAAAAUAUCCAUCAAUUUAUUUUUCGCAAUAAAUUGCUUUUACCGUACCAAUUUUGCUUUUUAAGUUCUAUUUUAGUAUCGUUGAUUAAUUUGCGCCAUAUUAUGAAUGUUUCGGGCGGCUGAAACUCUAUUAAAUACCGGAGUGAUGAGUUCAUUUCUUGUCUUUUGUUUUGUUCAAAAACCCCGUGUUUUUCGUUGAUUCGAAAUGGAAGAAGUGAGACAACUUGUGCAGGAGGAAGGCCGGGAAGCCAGGAACCUGGUAGCUUUCCACGUGGCCGUUGAUACACCAGCGCGGUUAUCGCGCAAGCCGCCGCGCUGCCUCGGCGGGCCGGCGGUGCGGCGCGUGGCCCCGCGACCGGCCCGCCGCUCCGCCUCGGCAGGCCGGGACAAGCGGUCCGAGUUACGGGCCCGGUACUGGGCGCUGCUGUUUGGAGACCUGCAGAGAGCUAUCGGCGAAAUCUACAACACAGUUGAAGCCCACGAGAAUUUGAACGAGUGCCAAGAAGUUAUACUAGUACUAGAGAACUACACCCGCGACUUUAAAGCAUUAGGUGAAUGGUUCAGGCUGAAGUGGGAGUACGACAAUACGCCGCCGCCGCAACGGCCGCAGAGCUUAGCAUGGGAGAUUAGAAAGACUGAUUUUGUACGACCCGAGUCCAGGCGGACCCAUUCCGUCAAGAGCUCACCCUCAGUGUCAGGCAAAAAUAGCCCUUGCCUCUCUGGACAUAACACACCCAGUGGCAAGAACAGCCCCAACCUAACAGGCAAAGCCAGUCCAGGCAGCGGGAAGAUCAGUCCCAGGAUAUCUUCAGGGCAUUCCAGUACUAGUCCGAAAGCGAAUAUUGAAUUUUUCAGCAGCAAAAUAGCAGCUUCCAAAGUCACGGCCAAGCCGGAGCCAAAUUUGACUAAGGAAUCGUCUAGGUUGUCUGAUAUUACUGAGAAAGAAAUAAAAGAAAACCAUGACUCUAAAAAAGCUGAGAAGGAUGAAGCAAAACAAGCGACAAAUGUAACACCUGUUGUUGAAAUAGGCAAAGCCAAAGAAUGCCCGAACGCUAGCCCCAAACAAGUGGUUAUCAAAUCGCCGAAGCGGGCUUUGACAAAUCAAGAAAGUCCAGUGAAUUCGGCUAAAGGCUCACGUAAAUCAUCUGUCGAGUCAUCUUCUCAGAUCAACCAAGCGAGAGAGAUAACUGCCAAAUUGGAGGCAAUGGAGAAUGAAUUCUUGGCGAAGCAGCUCAUCGAGAAUAAAAUUAAAAACGAUAACAUGCUUAACCAUGACAAAGAAACUGAAAAACCAAACGAAGAUGUAAUUUCAAAUAAUAUUGAAACAAUUAAGCUGGAUAGCAAUCUUACAAUAGAUGCAGAAGAAAAAUUAAUGAUGGUAGAUGAUAAAUCUGUAAGUUCUUCAGAAUCUCCGACAAAGUCAGAAGAUAACUUUGGUGAUAUCUCUAACGAAAGUUCGACAAAAUCUCUUGACGCAAAGACUCCAGAUAUACCGGAAAAUAUCGAAAAGUUGUCACAAAUACUCGAAAGUGACAAUGUUGAAGAAACUACUGAAUCAAAUGACACUGACACAUCAGAGUCAGUUGCCAAAGUGAGUAAUACAGAUGAAGCAAGUGAUGCUAAAAUGAUUGUUGAAGUUCAAGAAACAGCUGACGAGAAUGGCGUUAAAAUGCCUAAUAAAGUUGAAAAAAACGCUGAAAUUACUCCUAAAGUUGAAAAAGCAACUAAAACCAAUGACGCUGAAAAAAAACUUAAAAAAGUUUUAGAAACAGAUGAAGUAAGUGAAGCUGGAGUGAAUGUCAGUGUUGAAAAAUCAGCGAAGUCAAAUGAUGCUGAGGUGGUUGUGAAAGGAAAAGCUAAUACAGUAAAUGAUACUGAAGUGACGGUCAAAACUGAAAAGACGGUUGAAGCAAAGAAUUCAAAAGUUACAGUCAAAAUUGAAGAGAUAGCUAAAGUAAACAACGCAGAAGCAAAUUUCAAAGUUAAAGAAGGUAAUUCUGAAAAAAAAUCUGAUUUAACAAACGCAAUACCAGAAAAAUCCAACCUCAUUACAGAAAAUAAAAUCGAAAACACUAACGGUGAUGUGUCAAAAGAUCUGCCUCAUGUCGCUGAUAACGAUAAAGCACCAAAAGAUUCUACUAUAAACAAAUUGGAGCCAAAUGAAACCGAUAAAUUAUCGAAAACUCCUGAGCAGAACGGUGCUUUAGAUGGCAAAGAAGAGCCCAAAAAAGAAGCUGAUAAAUCAAGUGAAACUAAAAUGAAUACGCGGCCAGCUUACUCCCAAGCCGCUGCGAAACCUAAGCCGGUAACUGUCCCCAAAACCGAAGUGAAAACACCAACUAAAACAACCACAUUGGUCAGAAGCAAAACUGUUGUCGAAAUUCGGCCUGUUGCCCCGAAACCCCAAAGGGCACAGUUUCCAAAAAAGAACCAAGUCAACAAAUGCAGUUACCCCUUUAACCUCACGACAGGUCGAAAAAGUCUUUUCGAUUCGCCCACUGCGACAAACAAAAAUGCUUUGCCGAAAAAACCCCUGAACAAAAAUGUUCAACUCGCGUCAGGUGAUAACAAAUCUAGUCAAAACAAAAUCGAUACAAAGAAGCGACCUCCAAGGCCGAUAUCUCUAAAAGUCGAUGACCGUGACACUAAAAAAGAUAAGAACAACCCUACUUUGGAGAAAAUCAAAGAUUGCGACGAAUACGGCAGUUCCGACACAAUCGUCACACAAAUCGACAUGACUAGAAUUGAAUCUAGUGAAAGUCUCAAAACUUUAGUGCCAGAUGAAAUGCUGAUGAUUGAUGACGUUGGGAACUCGAUUGAAGUUCUUAACGUAGAUAACAAUAAGAGCGAUAACGAAGGCUGGCUGACGGUCAAAUCGAGGCGUCUCAGUCGCGAAUCGAAGAAGCAAUCGAAAUCGCACUGGGCUCAAAGGUUCCACCAGCCUUCAGCUACCACAAGUCUCCCCACACUGAACAUGAUAGAAUCCCCUAAGCAGGAAACGAAGCCAAUUGUAGAUUCUCCUAAAAAUGCCAAACUAGACCGCGCCAAAUCCGAACAACCUCAGGUUGUAAUUAAACCGGAAAAAGUUGUGAAAGUAGCCGUGAGCGUCACUCCAGAGGCGAAAAUUAAAGACCCGGCUAUGAUCAGACAGAAAUCUGAUGUGACUGGAUUAAAAUCUAAGUCUUCUCGAAGCAAGGCUUUGACUAAGAAAGUCGAGAAAUCCAAAGAUGAAAAGACCCAUGAUGACGAGACUUCAGACUUGACUAAAAACAGGCUGCACUCUUCCCUAGAAAGCCUUACUACAGGUCUCUCUAGGUCUCAGGAGAGUACCGAAGAGGCGUUUGAUUUUGACAAGUGGAGGUCUGAGUUCAGAUCUACGUUUAAAUACUUCGACGACGACGAUCAGAUCUUGAAUCACACUGACAUUUUGGAAUCGGCAGACCCUUCGGAAAGGUCCGAAAUUGCUGAAAUGACGUCACAGAUAGAGGAAAAUGAGAAGAAACUCGGUUGGGCUUUAGAUUUCCAGGCUGAGGUCGACCAAAGGAAGCUGUGUGAAGAAGAGGAUUUGUUGAACAGACAAAUAUUGGAGCUGCAGCAAGUUUCUGACAUCGAUUUGGAUACUGAAACUGACGAUACUGAGACCGACGCAGAGAUCCUGUGCGAAGACACAACCUGUCACGUUGAUGAAGUAACCGGCCGCUUGGUGGCAAGUCUUGAAGACCGGUAUGAGACUGCCCUAGCCGGAAUGUCGUGGGCUGAGCGUGUGGAUACGCUGGGCGCUUUGGAAGCGCUUGUGGCAAGGGACCCUGGUCGUGCCCAACAACUCCACGCGAAGCUAUCCCAAGGCAUCAAGCGGCGUGGCAGCCUUCAAGAUGCAUUGCGAAGGCUGCAAGCGAAGCAAGCGCGAGCCGAGCGUCAAAGACUGGAAUACCAGACUGAGAGAGCCAAGAAGAUUCACCAACUGUUGGCUAGAGUUGAAGAAGUUAAGGUAGCCAAAAACCAAUUGAUCGAAGAAAAGAGGUUAAGAAUGGAGAAAAGGCUUCAAAAAGCCACAGAGAACAGGGAUCAGCACUUGAAGGAUAUAGUCCGCAAAGCUCACGACGAAGAAGAGAAACUGCGUGAGAUUGCUUUCAUAAAGCAGCUUGAAGCAGAGAAUAGACGACACGACUUCCUUGACCAGUGCCGCUCGCACACCACGCGUCUGCGACAGAUGCGGCGCGAGAGACUCACUAAGCUGGAACAAAAGGCAGCCCGCGAGGCCGCCGUGGGCGCCCGACGGGAGGCCUUAGAGGCAGCGCGCCGCCGCCGCGUGGAGGCUCUAGUGGAGCGUCGCAAGCUGCGGGACGCCAGGCGGGACACAUUGGACCAACUCAAGAGGCAUGAGCGCCAUCGCUUGGCUAAAGAAAAGGCGGAAGGCGUAAAGUCCCGUCUCUCAGCAUUAGCGGCGGCAGCGGAGUUAGAAGCGGACGCGUUACGCUCCCGCAUCCGCGACAAGCAGGACGCGAGCCAGCAGCGGUUGGAGUCCCAUCUACAGGCCAUCCGGGAGAAGGCCACUACUGGGCCUAGGCAGGCGACAACCUCCGAAAGCCAAGACCAAAGCACAAAGGAAGAGAGGGAACUAGCCGAGCAAGCAGAGAGGCUGGAACAAGAGAGAAAGGAGCGAGAGAAGCAGAAAGCCAUCAAGAAAAAGGCCAGGAAGGUCAAGCAGAAACUGCUGGCUUCUGGCAACGUAAACGACAUAUUCACCGAUCACACGAUCGUUCCGUUCGAGCCAUUAUACCCUACGACGGGCAAACUGCACAAAACCAUCCACACCCUCUCCAACAUAAUCAACCCUCUGCUCGACUCCAUCGAACGCAGCGACUACCAGAACGGUCUAGAAGAGAAAAAGAAAAGAAAAAAAAAGAAAGAAUCGCCCGAACCUGAAAAUAGAAGCGAAGCAGAAAACAAUAAUAAUACUGAAGUCGUUCCUCCAGAAUGUUCCAAUGGAGGGAAGAAGAAACGAAAGAAUAAGGAACCUAAACUGAGCAAAGCGAACUCGGUGUGUAGCUCGCUGAGCGAUAUGAGCCGAGCGAGCAAUAAGAGUGAGCGGAAGGCUAAUAUAGUGAUUGAUGUACCGAUGCUGGAGAGGCAGUUGAAUGAACUCAAUCGGCUUAUGGAGAAGUUUGAUAGGAACUCAAGUGACAAGAUCGUGUUCCAAAAGAUCCACGGGCUCAAGCUGCUCGGGCAGUUGUUAGCCGUCGCUGCGGAGAGAGAGGAGCUGGCCUCGCAGCUCACUGCUAAGCUGCUGGCGACAGCGGUGACGGUGGUGUCGCGGGUAGUAGGCGGCUGCGCCGUCAGCGCCGCCUACCUUCUUACCACCAACACCACGGUCCACCUCGUCACGCUGCUCAGCGAACAGCUGGAAAAGAACAUGAACGACUACAGAGAACUAGAGCUCGCCAAGCAACUGUGCGACUGCCUCUCAGUGGCACUGGACUCGGUGCUGUGCUCCACCAGGGUCUACGAGGAGACCAAGGAAGAGGGCAAGACUGAGGAGAUCGACCUGCUGGUCACACUGAGGACCAGAGCGCACACGCUCAUCAGCUACAUCUGCCUCUGCGGCUGCAUCACCAAGGCUGAGAAAGCUGGCGAAGCGCGCGAGAGCAUCCAAACCCUGCUCACCGUCUGCGCCGACCUGUGUCACCCUUGUGACGUCGAUGUGGGCUCCGAGCGCAUAUCAGCGACCCAGUCGCUCCGCUGCGCCCUCGGCACCGGCAUGUGUGGCUCCCGAGCGGAGUUCUGCGUGCUUUUCGCGCGUGGAGCGCAGAUCGGCGGCGACGGUAGCGGCGGCUUCGUACGGGCGGCUAGGACUGCUCAUCUGUUGAGGGCUUUGGCUGAGCUGGACCAUCAUAUUGUGCAGGAGGCGUUUGGCGAGGCAGGCUGGCCGCUGGAGUUCAGGGCUGCAGUGGCAAGACUGCUGUCUCAGCACGCCCCCAGCGACAAGGAGGCUCCUAGGUCCAGUGCCUUGCAUCUGAGCAACCAACGGCUAGACCAGACUCUGUCCGAAACGAUGGUGUUGGACCUCAUAGUCCUCGUCGGGUUCGUGGUCGUCAACAACCCACAACUUCAGGAGACAAUCCUCGAAGGCUGGAGCGUGAUCAAGACUCUCUGCACGCUUCCAGCCAACUGGCUAGUGUCCAAAACACAUAGCAAGGCUUUACUACCGACACUGGCUGCGCUGUCUGACAGACCAUCGGCUGCCGCGGCCAUAGCGGCCGAGCUUAGCACUGAGAUGAUAGAAGAAUUCAUGAGCAGCCCCGAAGCACAGAAGGUCAAACUGGUACAGGUCAUCAAGCAAGGACGCAGCAAGAAGCCGGGAAAGAAGUAACGCUAACCUCAAGGUCAGACCUGAAUCUGGACUUUAUAACUAGAGCCAUAAGGUGUAACUUUCUUGUUCUUGUCUAAUAAAACUUAGAGGAAUUGAUUUUCUAAUCAAUGAACGCACUAGUUAUCCUUGUGACACUGGUCGCGUUAGAUAUCUUCGAAUUGUAUUUGCACGAUUGAGUAGUUAUCGUGUUUUGUCUCUUUCUUUCGUCAACAAUAGUAGAGUGACGAAUUGAUUGAUAAAAUCAAUGAAAAAUUAGGCAGUUGAGAGCAAUGUGGAUCAAAAAAUAUCUUAUUUUUGUGCUAGGGGCUUUAUUGUAAUAAAAAAGUGUAUCAAGUUUUAAAAAUUACUAAAAAUAGUCAACUAUUUUAAAUUUACGGUUAUUUUGGUAUUUUUAAUUAUAGUAUUGAGCUACUUCGUCGUGCAAAUAAUGUUGAAAUGUAUUUACAUAUUAUAACUUAUGUAUGUAUUCCUAUUGUAACUACCGGAUUUGACUAAAGGCCUAAUUUUGAUUCAAUAGCUGUGGUUUUUUGGGUUGUGUGUCCUUUUGUGAAUUCCUUUUCUUUUAAUAUUUUUGAUACUUACAUCAUUAUUUUUUUACAAAAUGAUCUCAAUAAAAAGUGAAACUAUUUUUCGAGUGUAAUGAUAUUUUUCUUUAAUUUUGUAGAUGAGAGAUCUCUCUAAAAUUGAUAUGCGUCUAGUUUGCAUUCAUGUGAGUUUAGUUCUAAAUCCUGGUCCGUGAGCACGUAGAAUUUUGUCUGCGGGCGCCCGUCGCACAGUCGCGACAGCAAUAUAAUUACGCGCGAGUGAUAAGGAUGGGUAGCUUGGGGUCAUUGGACAAAAUUCUACGUGCUCACGGACCAGGCUUUAGUAGUCUUCUUUAUUGAUUGAGGAUAUAAACACCUUCCAUUUAGUCUUUGACUCACUAUGGGUCCGAAUUCUAAUAAAUAGACUUUUCGUGUCCAUCGAAGGAGCACGACCCUCUCUGUAAAUUAGAGAGAAAAAAUUAAAAACAGAGGCAAAUGGAGGAUUUGGCCUACACUCCCCACGCUGGCCAGACGGAUUGGGAGGGUUGGAGGAUGAUGACGGUGGCCAUGACAUUUCACAACUAUUUUUAGACAUACUUUGACAUACUUCUCUAGUAGGUUUUCAAGUUAAAAAAACCACAGCUGCUACUAAUAAUGAUUGUAAUACGAAUUUAAUACCCCUUUUUAUUGACUUCGGAAAAGAGUAGCUAUUUCAUUGACUCGUGUAUAUUUGUCUAUGGUAUAAUCAACUAUAUAGGAUGGACGUGGCGCGAGCUGUCUCGCUCUAAUUCAGUGCGCAGGAAAAGGACGCAAUGUUUACGUAGGUUGGAUGUUUCAUGUAUCGUUCUGUGUCGAAAUAUACAAGUCAUAGUUAGUGGCUUUGUCUGCAAAUCUGUGAAAAAUAUCAUAAUCCAUUUGAUUCAAUUUCUAUUUAUAAAUUACAUAAUUUAACAGUCAAAAUGAUAAAUGUACAAAACCUAUUAGGUGUGAUAUGCUUCGCCACUGUGAUGUAAUGUUCAUUCCACGCCAUCUCUCCCUGGAUUUGGGAACCUUACACUGCAAUAAAACACCAAAAACGAUAACCGAAAUUACCGAAAACCGUUAUAACCGAAAAUAUUUAGGAUCUUGUAUAUUCUUGUGAACUUGACUUUAUUCAAACAGACCACAGUGAGAUAGUUUUCUCGAGAUUUGUUGACAAAGCCUAGUAGUAUCAUUCCACAUAAAUAUAAUAAUAAUAAUCGGUGUUAUCCAAACUCACUGUCCUAUAAACAGAACAAUGUAUUAUUCGAUGUUAUUAUGUAAUAUUAUUCGAGGUAGCGACAUAUUAUAUGUACACUUUUUGAUGUGACUAUACCUAUUUUUCUAUGAAAGUAGAAUUUACUAAAACAACUAGAUAUUCUUGGAAUGCGAAUGGAAAAUUUACGUUAUUUGAGAUCGUCUAUCCAAAUUUCUGCUUAGUAAUUUACGAAAUGUUUAACGUUCGAGUACUUAAUUGGCACUUGUAUUUAAAAUUAAUAAUAAUGUCUAUGAAACUAUCUCAAUUAAUUAAAUUUUUGAUUCGCUAGCUUCUUCCUCUUCAAAUUUACUUUCAUUAGAUCGAACUUUCUUUCCAAGGUUGUGUUUCUAUUUCACAAUAUGACUUCUAAAGUUAAGGUAUUUAAAAAUGGCCAUUAAACAAUUUAUUUAUUUUAUAACUACGAGAACGUGCAAUUGACUGACAAGACGUGUGUUGAUGGAAGCGUAGAAAUCUAAGUAGACGGCGUUUAAUCAAUUGGUUCCAAACUUAAUUUCGUGCGAACACGCACGUAGGAAUAAAAGGUGUGCUAAAAGUGUGCCUUGAAGGACACUGUUGGAAAUUCAGAGGGGAACAUUUCAAUAAAGUAAGUAAGUAUUAAAAAUUAGGAAUGCUGUGAUAAAUGCAGAAGCUAAGGGUUAUAUCGUUGAGAAAAGUGUUUUUUAACAAAAAUAAUAACGAACGAAAUCAUGAACCGCUUGAUCGAAAGCUUUAUGUCAGUCAGAGAUUGGAAUUUAUAAUUUAUUUUACUACUUUCUUUUUUCUAUGUUUAAUUUUGUGAUAAAUUUCGAUUUUUACUAAACUGUGAUUCAUAUAUUUUACGACUUAUUUAAACGUCACCGCAAAUGUAAUAUAAUAUAUGUAUUUAAAUGUUUAGUUAGACAUUAGAAGCAGUACGCGUCGAGUUUGUUGUAUUAUAUUAUCUGUGAUUUCUUUCGUUUAGCGUUGAUAACAUUUCUCGUGUAACUUUCAUUGUGUAUUUUUGUGUAAGUGGCAAAUAAAUAUUUGUGUAACAGU